AUGUUCUUAUCAACGAAUAUCCACCUGGCAUUGGAUGGUGCCGCGUAUUGGCCCAUAGUGUGCACAGUGAGCCUCGGUGCCAGCUUGUGCCUGAACCUGCAUCGCAGCAAGGACGACGGCGCCCUUGACCCUGUGCCUGCUUGGAGAAUUCUUCAGGAGCCCCGUAGCUUGCUCAUCACUACCGAUCAGCUAUACACCGACUAUCUACACGGUAUUGCCGAUAUCGAAGAGGAUGUCGACCUUGAUGCGAAUACUGUUGCGAACUGGGACCUGCUUCGUUCACCCGAUACAUUCGCCAGUGGCAAGAAUGUCCGUCAAACCCGCACAAGUCUGACAUAUCGAGACGUUCUCCAGGUGUCCAAAGUUGCAAAUAAAUUUGGCUUGUUUAUGAAGCGUUGA